AUGAUGCUCGCAAGGCGACUACGGUCGUCCACCAUCCGAUGGGCUGAACAAUUGGCUCCCUUGGUCUCUCACAACCAGACUCAGACUCAGAUUCAGACUCAGAUUCAGACUCAGAUUCAGGCUCAAAGACUAUAUAGCAGCAGCGCAUCUCAGGAUGACGGGCCCCACAAGCCCAAGGGCACUCCGGACAUCGACCCCUCUGCCCUCACCAUCGAAAGGACAACUGCUCCUAAACCUCUUCUUGACCAUAAGGACCUAAUCUUCGGUCGCAAUUUCACUGACCACAUGCUGUCCAUUGAAUGGACUGCCCAAGACGGCUGGCUCCCUCCGCGCAUAACUCCCUAUCAAAACCUCUCCCUCGACCCAUCCGCCUGUGUCUUCCACUAUGCUUUCACCUGUUUCGAAGGCAUGAAAGCCUACAAGGAUUCCCAAAACCGUGUCCGUCUCUUCCGUCCGGAUCGUAACAUGUAUCGCCUAAAUCGUUCGUCCUCUCGUAUAGCUCUUCCUACAUUCGACGGCGAUAAAUUCACAGAAUUAAUCUCCAAAUUCGUCGAAUUGGAAGAAAGAUUCAUUCCUAAACAAAAGGGUUAUUCCUUAUACCUCCGUCCUACUAUGAUUGGUACCCAGAAUACAUUGGGAGUUGGUCCACCGGGCUCGGCUUUGUUAUAUGUAAUCGCUAGUCCCGUUGGUCCCUAUUAUCCUACUGGGUUUAAGGCUAUUACUUUGGAGGCUACUGAGUCCGCCGUGAGAGCUUGGCCUGGUGGCGUCGGUGACCGAAAACUCGGUGCCAAUUAUGCCCCCUGCAUCGUUCCUCAGAUAAACGCUGCCAAGCGAGGGUACUCACAAAACCUAUGGUUAUUCGGUGAAGAAGGAUAUGUCACCGAAGUUGGAACAAUGAACAUGUUUGUCGCUUGGGUGAACGAAGAUGGUGUUAAGGAGCUUAUCACGGCGCCAUUAGAUGGGACUAUAUUAGAAGGUGUGACUAGAGAGAGUAUAUUGGCCCUCGCUCGUGAGAAAUUGGUGCCGGAAGGGUGGAAGGUCAGUGAGGAGAAAUAUACAAUGGCACAGGUGAAGAAGGCUGCCCAUGAAGGAAGAUUAUUGGAAGCCUUUGGUGCCGGUACUGCUGCUGUUGUUGCGCCUGUUAAAGCCAUCACUUGGAGAGGAGAGGAAGUCAAGAUUCCAUUGUCGCCGGGUAAGGAAACCGGACCUCUGACUGAGAGUUUCUGGAGCUGGAUGUUGGCUAUUCAGUAUGGUGACGUUGAGCAUCCUUGGAGCAAAAUUAUUUCCAAAUAG